AUGAGCAGCUUCGCGGGUCAGCAGUCAAGGCCGUGGAUGGGGGACGCCGCCGCCGCCACCCCGUCGGGCGACGCGCGGGACGACGGCGCCUCCUCCAUGAAGGACCUCGGCUCCUCCACCAACGCCAGCGCCAUCUCCUUCGGCUUCGCCGCCACCGCCAUCCUCAUCGCCAUGUUCCUCCUCAUGGCCAUAUUCGAGCACCUCAUCAAGCCCGGCUGGGCGGCCUCCCGGGGCUCCCGCGGCGGCAGCGACAACGGCGACGGCGACGUCCACGGGCGCCACGCCCAGCCGCCGCACCCCGGCCGGCACCCGCGCGACCACGGCUCGCCGGAGAAGCUCGCGCCUCCGCCCAAGAUGGAGGCGGUGGUGGCGGCGGCGGACCUGACGGUGGUGAUGCCGGGGCAGCGGUACCCGACGUUUCUCGCGCAGCCGGCGCCUCUCCUGCUUCCUUGCACGAGAGAAGGCGUGCGUUGGCCGCCUCACGAUGACCAUCGCCGUCCCUUUCUGCCGCCAUGA